AUGUCUGUCGACGAGAAGCACGCACACGCAACUUGGCAGCCGCCGACCCCGCAGUCGACCUUCCGCCCCCUCGCUCCCACAUCGACGCUCCCUGUCGACCACCUCGUCCUCCUGCCGCCGCCAUUCCUCUCGCCCGACGAGCCGAAUGCUCCAUGCAGCCCCUCGUACGUCAUCGGACAGCGCCCCUCGCCGCCAGCCUCGCACGCCUCGCACGACCCGGACCACACCACAUCGCCCUCGGACGAGCACGACGACGCGCGCGACAGGGACUGGGUCCCGCCGACGACGUCCUCGUCAAAGCGCCCACGUCGCUCAGCCGCGAUCGCCGCGGCGCGCAACAUUCCUCGGCAGCCGUCGCCGUUCGACCUCGAGGGCGGCGAGCCCGACGAGCAGGACGACGACGACGACGACGCGGACGCGGCGAGCCCGUCGGCGUCGCCACCGCUGUCGAGCGCACGCGCCGGCUCGAACGCGUCGAGGCGCAAGGUGUCGCACUCGCUCAUCGAGCGGCGGCGGCGCGAGAAGAUCAACGAGUGCCUCGCGCAGCUGCGCGAGACGGUGCCGAGCUUGAGGGAAGAGGGCGAGCGCAAGGUGGCGAGGGCCAAGGAGCGCGGGAGGAAGCGGGGGAGGGGAGGCGGAGCCGGGGGCGAGGGCGCCGGGCUGCACAAGCUCGAGAUCCUCCAGGGCACGAUCCUCUACAUCGACCGUCUGCGCUCGCGCGUCGACGAGCUCGAAGCAGCAGGGCAGCAGGUGCCUCGAGCCGAGCAGCCGCGCUCGCGCGAAUCUGGCGCAGGCCCGACGUCGUCGAGCAAGUCGAGCGCGCCGCCCGUCGCGGUCAAGCUCGAGCCCGACGCACCGCCGACCCCGCCCCUGGUGCAGACGCCUCGGCUGAGCUCUGCGGGGACGGUGGACGACCACGAGGCGAGCCUGCUCCUGCUCGAGUUGUCGACCUCGCCCGAGCUGCGGCCCGUGGUCGUGUGA